UCUCCGCCGUCCUCACCGCCUUCUUCUCUGCGCCCAUGGCCCGCGCUGUCCCCCGCACACCCCGGCUCCUGCGGGCCGCGCUGCUGCUCCUGCUCCUGGUCGCCGCCGGCCGCCGCGCAGCAGGAGCGCCCGUGGUCGCCGAGCUGCGCUGCCAGUGCCUGCAGACCGUGCAGGGCAUUCACCUCAGGAACAUCCAGAGUGUGAAGGUGACGCCCCCGGGCCCCCACUGCGCCCAGACCGAAGUCGUAGCCCAGCUCAAGAACGGGCAGGAGGCUUGUCUCAACCCCGCGGCCCCCAUGGUCAAGAAGAUCAUUGAGAAGAUGCUGGACAGGCGCAGCAGCCGCUGACCUGCAGGGAAGGAAGGCAGCGGGCAGCUCUCUGGGGGCCAAGUCCUGCAGGGCCAUCCCUGCCCUCAGGAGAGGAGAGCACGAAAUGAAGUGACAGCGCCUGGUUUCCGCGGACACCUGGCAAGGGCUUAAUGUAUUUGAUGAUUUCUGAUGAGAGUUCUAUUUAUGUAUGUAUUUAUUUAUUCAGAGCUUGUAUUUUAAUAUUUACAUGUUAUUAUUUAAAACUGUGACUGUGUUUCAUCAAACACGGCUCAGUCCUGAUUGUGAUUUAAUGUGAAGAGGAUAGCGGUGCAAAGUCUCACUAAACUCAGUUAGUGGGGGGCCUCCAGGGUCAGCCACGGUGCUGCAUGUGGUGGGGAGUGGGGUCCCAGCAACUUGUGAGGUCACCCUCAGGGUAAGGAAUGUGGCUAUUUUAUACUUUUCUAAGAAUGUCAGUUGUUAUUUAUUGAAAUCACCUCAUGUUACGUGGUCAGCAUUUUUAUGUUGAAGCUUCCCUUGGACAUGUUAUGUCUUUCUGGUAGGGCACACUGCCUUGUUCAACACUCCUUAGGGAAUGUCUCUCUGCCUUGCAGAGAGAAGUUACAUUGACUGUUAUGUUUUUACAGUUGAUAUGAAAAUAAAAGAUGUUUUGUAACAGGCUAA